CGGUGCAUUCUGGGUCCUGGCAAUAUGGCGUCCUCCUUGAUGUGCUGAUGAGAGGAGUUUCACUGUAGCUCCAAACCAGAGGGCAAAGCUCCCCUGACCCAAUAAGCCCACAUUGUCCGUUUUUUCCGUGGUUCCGUGUCGCCCGUUUCUCAGGACUCGUUCUCAGGCAGGAGAGAGCCUCUGGGCUGAAGGCCAGGACCAGCCAGGCCGUGCGGACGUGAGGUUGAGGAACCAGGUGCGGGCGAGCACGAUGGGCCGGUCCUGGCUCUGGUUGCAGCAGCUCAGGCGAGUGCGGGACCCGCAGGGCUGAGAGUGGCUAGAAGAGACCCAGGGCCCUGUGAACCCGAUCCCUUGGCCGGAGACCUCAGCCCAGGCGGCCCAGUGGGCGAACCGGCACCAGCAGCGGCCUGCCUGUCCUCGGAUCUGCUGAGGCGUUGGAGGCCGAGAGCAGGGUCAUCGUGAGGCCUGAAGUCUCACGCUUUUGACAGCUCGGCUCGCCGCCCCUCUGGAAACGUACAGCCUCAGGAGCAGCCAGUGGCUUGGGACCUGGGGUGGUGUGUGUCUGCGGAGCUUCUUGGGCUGCCCCAUUUUUCAGCGGCCCCCUCCCCGCCUCCCGCUCAAGAGUUAGAGAUAAGGAUCUCAGACUUUUUGCCUGAGUAAGGGUCUCCGCACUCUCUAUCCCUUUCUUUUUCGAUUCUCCGUUUUUCUGUUUCUUAUUUCACCAAUUCUGGUACACACUAGUUUUUAAGGCUGGAGGUUCUCGAGCGCUUACUGCCAAGGACUCCCCCACCCCCUCCCCCACUGAUGGAGUCCGAAAUGCUGCAGUCGCCUCUUCUGGGCUUGGGGGAGGAAGAUGAGGCUGAUCUUACAGACUGGAACCUACCUUUGGCUUUUAUGAAAAAGAGGCACUGUGAGAAAAUUGAAGGCUCCAAAUCCUUAGCUCAGAGCUGGAGGAUGAAGGAUCGGAUGAAGACAGUCAGUGUUGCCUUAGUUUUGUGCCUGAAUGUUGGUGUGGACCCUCCCGAUGUGGUGAAGACCACGCCCUGUGCACGCUUGGAAUGCUGGAUUGAUCCUCUGUCGAUGGGUCCUCAGAAAGCUCUGGAAACCAUCGGUGCAAAUUUACAGAAGCAGUACGAGAACUGGCAGCCAAGGGCCCGGUACAAGCAGAGCCUUGACCCAACUGUGGACGAAGUCAAGAAGCUCUGCACAUCUCUACGCCGCAACGCCAAGGAAGAGCGAGUCCUCUUUCACUACAACGGCCACGGGGUGCCCAGGCCCACAGUGAACGGGGAAGUCUGGGUCUUCAACAAGAACUACACGCAGUAUAUCCCUCUGUCCAUAUAUGACCUGCAGACAUGGAUGGGCAGCCCGUCAAUCUUCGUGUACGACUGCUCCAACGCUGGCUUGAUCGUCAAGUCCUUCAAGCAGUUCGCCCUACAGCGGGAGCAGGAGCUGGAGGUAGCUGCAAUCAACCCGAAUCACCCUCUUGCUCACAUGCCUUUGCCUCCGUCCAUGAAAAACUGCAUCCAGCUGGCAGCCUGCGAAGCCACGGAGCUGCUGCCCAUGAUCCCGGACCUCCCGGCCGACCUGUUCACCUCCUGCCUCACCACCCCCAUCAAGAUUGCCCUGCGCUGGUUUUGCAUGCAGAAAUGUGUCAGUCUGGUGCCUGGCGUCACACUGGAUUUGAUAGAAAAAAUCCCCGGCCGCCUGAACGACAGGAGGACGCCCCUGGGUGAGCUGAACUGGAUCUUCACGGCCAUCACAGACACCAUCGCGUGGAACGUGCUCCCCCGGGAUCUCUUCCAGAAGCUCUUCAGACAGGAUUUGCUGGUGGCUAGUCUGUUUCGAAAUUUCUUACUGGCGGAAAGGAUCAUGAGGUCAUACAACUGCACUCCCGUCAGCAGCCCGCGGCUGCCGCCCACCUACAUGCACGCGAUGUGGCAGGCCUGGGACCUGGCUGUCGACAUCUGUCUGUCUCAGCUGCCAACGAUCAUCGAGGAGGGCACCGCGUUCAGGCACAGCCCGUUCUUCGCCGAGCAGCUGACCGCAUUCCAGGUGUGGCUCACCAUGGGCGUGGAGAACCGGAACCCACCCGAACAGCUGCCCAUCGUCCUGCAGGUGCUGUUAAGCCAAGUGCACCGGCUGAGAGCACUGGACUUGCUGGGAAGAUUUCUGGACCUGGGUCCCUGGGCGGUGAGCCUGGCCUUGUCUGUCGGCAUCUUCCCCUACGUGCUGAAGCUGCUCCAGAGCUCGGCCCGAGAGCUGCGGCCACUCCUCGUGUUCAUCUGGGCCAAGAUCCUCGCAGUGGACAGCUCGUGCCAGGCGGACCUCGUGAAGGACAAUGGCCACAAGUACUUCCUGUCGGUGCUGGCGGACCCCUACAUGCCAGCGGAGCACAGGACCAUGACGGCCUUCAUCCUCGCCGUGAUUGUCAACAGCUACAACACGGGGCAGGAAGCCUGCCUUCAGGGAAACCUCAUCGCCAUCUGCCUGGAGCAGCUCAACGACCCGCACCCCUUGCUGCGCCAGUGGGUGGCCAUCUGCCUAGGCCGGAUCUGGCAGAACUUUGACUCGGCGAGGUGGUGCGGUGUGAGGGACAGCGCCCACGAGAAGCUCUACAGCCUCCUCUCCGACCCCAUUCCCGAGGUCCGCUGCGCAGCAGUCUUUGCCCUCGGCACGUUCGUGGGCAACUCUGCAGAGAGGACGGACCACUCCACCACCAUUGACCACAACGUGGCCAUGAUGCUGGCCCAGCUGGUCAGCGACGGGAGCCCCAUGGUCCGGAAGGAGCUGGUGGUGGCUCUGAGUCAUCUCGUGGUUCAGUACGAAAGCAACUUCUGCACCGUGGCCCUGCAGUUCAUAGAAGAGGAAAAGAACUACCCUUUGCCUUCUCCAGCAACCACGGAGGGUGGGAGUUUGACCCCCGUGCGAGACAGCCCGUGCACCCCCCGACUCCGUUCUGUGAGCUCCUAUGGAAAUAUCCGCGCUGUCGCCACAGCUAGGAGCCUCAACAAAUCUUUGCAGAACCUGAGCUUGACAGAGGAAUCCGGCGGCGCCGUAGCGUUCUCCCCCGGCAACCUCAGCACCAGCAGCAGCGCCAGCAGCACCCUGGGCAGCCCGGAGAAUGAGGAGCACAUCCUGUCCUUCGAGACCAUCGACAAGAUGCGCCGCGCCAGCUCCUACUCCUCCCUCAACUCCCUCAUCGGCGUCUCCUUUAACAGCGUUUACACUCAGAUCUGGAGAGUCCUGCUGCACCUGGCUGCCGACCCCUAUCCCGAGGUCUCGGACCUGGCCAUGAAGGUGCUCAACAGCAUCGCUUACAAGGCUACCGUGAACACCCGGCCGCAGCGCAUCCUGGACACCUCCUCCCUCACGCAGUCGGCCCCCGCCAGCCCCACCAACAAGGGCGUGCACAUCCACCAGGCGGGGGGCUCCCCUCCGGCGUCCAGCACCAGCAGCUCCAGCCUGACCAGUGACGUGGCCAAGCAGCCAGUCAGCCGAGACCUGCCUCCUGGCCGGCCGGGCACCACAGCCCCCGGGGGGGCACAGUACACCCCUCACUCCCACCAGUUCCCCCGGACGCGGAAGAUGUUCGACAAGGGCCCAGACCAGACUGCAGAUGACGCAGAUGAUGCUGCUGGACACAAAAGCUUCGUCUCCGCCGCAGUGCAGACAGGCUUCUGCGACUGGAGCGCCCGCUAUUUCGCCCAGCCUGUCAUGAAGAUCCCAGAGGAGCACGACCUGGAGAGUCAGAUCCGCAAGGAGCGGGAGUGGCGGUUCCUGCGGAACAGCCGCGUCCGGAGGCAGGCCCAGCAAGUCAUCCAGAAGGGCAUCACGAGAUUGGACGACCAGAUAUUUCUGAACAGGAACCCCGGCGUUCCCUCCGUGGUGAAAUUCCACCCCUUCACCCCGUGCAUCGCCGUAGCCGACAAGGACAGCAUCUGCCCCGCCUCCGACCAGUGCCGCCUCGGGACCAGAGCACAGGCCAGGCCAGCCAGGGCCGGUUCACCUCCUUCCCUCUCUCCCUCCCCAGAUGAUGGUGCCAUCAGGGUCUGGAAGAAUUUUGCUGAUUUGGAAAAGAACCCGGAGAUGGUGACCGCGUGGCAGGGGCUCUCCGACAUGCUGCCUACGACACGAGGAGCCGGGAUGGUGGUGGACUGGGAGCAGGAGACUGGCCUCCUUAUGAGCUCGGGGGACGUGCGGAUUGUCCGGAUCUGGGACACAGACCGGGAGAUGAAGGUGCAGGACAUCCCCACGGGCGCAGACAGCUGCGUGACAAGUCUGUCCUGCGAUUCGCACCGCUCACUCAUCGUGGCUGGCCUGGGUGACGGCUCCAUCCGCGUCUACGACAGAAGGAUGGCGCUCAGCGAAUGCCGCGUCAUGACAUACCGGGAGCACACAGCCUGGGUGGUGAAGGCCUCCCUGCAAAAACGUCCCGACGGCCACAUCGUGAGCGUGAGCGUGAACGGAGAUGUACGCGUCUUUGAUCCCCGGAUGCCCGAGUCUGUGAAUGUGCUUCAGAUCGUGAAGGGACUGACGGCCCUGGACAUCCACCCCCAGGCAGACCUGAUCGCGUGUGGCUCCGUCAAUCAGUUCACCGCCAUCUACAACGGGAACGGAGAGCUAAUCAAUAACAUCAAGUACUACGACGGCUUCAUGGGCCAGCGGGUCGGCGCCAUCAGCUGCCUGGCCUUCCACCCACACUGGCCUCACCUGGCCGUGGGAAGCAACGACUACUACAUUUCCGUGUACUCGGUGGAGAAGCGUGUCAGAUAGCGGCGUGGCCCAGGCCCGCCAGGCCACAGCCGCCUGCUGUACAUAGUGAAGCUGCCACUCGCCUGGGCACGGGGCAUCGGUUGCCAAGGUCCCGCAGCAUGAACGUUGUGCUGCCUUAGCUGCUGGACGGCAGGAGGGCCCUGCCACUCGC